AUCUAGAAGUAGUGUGUGAGGUGGGGUCCCAAGAGCAUAAAGACACAAAAGACUAAAAGCUACCCUUGUGUCCAGAUCCUUCUAUGGGAGUAAUGCUCUUCUAUAUCAGAAUUCAGACCAAUCUUGUGCUCCUUAUGUUCAUCACAAUAGAGGGUAGAGCUCGAGCAAUCACAAAUUCACAAUGUCACUAAUCCCAAGAAACACCUUCAACAAUCCAACCCCAUUCACCCCAUUUUCCCAAGAUUUCUGGGAUCAAUUCUUUCACCCCAAUUUCCCUUUCCCUCCAUUCCCAAAUCUCCCUUCCUUCCCCUUUUCCUCUCCUCCACACACAUCUCGUACAAUCCCUUACUCCGAACUUUCCGUCGAAACAUCAGGCAACAUCAGAACUCGACUCGAAUGCAAGGAAAUUCCAGAAGCUCACUUAAUUGUAGCAGAAUUAACCGGAAUUGAGAAAGACGAGAUCCAAGUUACGACGGAUGAUGGCGGAUUUGUAACAAUUGCCGCCAUUGAUGGAAGAUUCUCGUGGCGAUUGAAGCUUCCAGAGGAUGCAAAGGUUGGGUUGUUGAGCUCAUCGAUGGAGAAUGGUGUGUUAACUGUUGUAGUUCCUAAAUUUGUCAUGGAAAUUGAGUGGGAAAGUCAAAGAGAGGGUAAUGGUAGGGGGAGUAAUGUUAGGGUUGUUGAAAUUACUGGUUCUGAUGAAUGAAUGAAUAAUUAUGAUGAUUAUAGUGCUAAUAUUAUGGAUUAUGCUAGUUUUAUUAUAUGUAAUUUUGAUUAUGAGUGUAUGAAUUGGUUGUAAUCCACUAAUCCUAUGUGAUGUUAACACCGGUGAGUAAAUUAAGUUGUGUAAUACUUUCUCAGUCGUACUCGAUUUCGACAUAUUGUGUUGAAAAAUAUUAAUUUUAAUAGUAAAUAUAAUGAAACGGAGUAUUAUCAUUUA